AUGACGCUGAAAUUCUCAGUGGAACGGCUGGUGGAUAGUGAAAAAGAAUCAGAAGACGCUGAUGUGGAGGAGCAGAACAACCUAAAAAAGCGACCCUUUGACGAAGACGACGAAGAAGAAGAAAUGGAAAAGUCAGGGAAAAACGAACCGUUGACACAGACACUUUCCUAUUUUGAUGUACUUCUUCCUCACGUUCAAAUGGCUUGUUCCAAUCCAUUUAUAUCUGGAAUCGGAGCUGGAUCAUCUGGAGAUCAGAAUCUAAAUGGAAGUGUAUGGCAACAUCCAUGGUUGGAAUUGCUGCAGAGUACAACGGCCUCGCAGUUUGGCGACGUAACAGCCGGUUUAUUCCUUCAACCUCUCCGAAAAAACAAACGAAUUCGGACAGCAUUUAGUGCACAUCAACUGGUACAACUGGAAAAAGCGUUCGAAGGAAAUCAUUAUGUUGUUGGGAAUGAAAGAAAACAGUUGGCAUCGAAAUUGAGUCUCACAGAAACACAGGUGAAAGUGUGGUUCCAGAACCGGAGGACCAAACACAAAAGAGUCCGACUAGAAGGAUCAGAUGCAAAUGCCCCAAUGUCAAAUGACGAAGAUGACGAGGAGGAUAAAAAGUCGACAACUUCCUAA